UAUACAGCACCAGUUCAGCAGUCAACUACAAAAAACAGACUUACUGCAUCAAACGAAUUUGAAUGAAGUUGUUAAAUGAUUCGCGCCAUUUUCAUAUAUAAUGACGAGUUAACAAUUAAUGUAACUGAUAAUUAAACAACAUAAGUGUUCAAAGUACGUGAAAUGAUUCGAUCAUUGGCACCUAGUCAAUGUGGUAAACGUCCCUUGCUCUUAGAUAUAUCCAACACUACAGAACUAACCCAGUCAGACAGCUUCACGCAACAGCCAAAAAGAAGAGCUUCCAAAAAUAUUAAAGAUGUACAAAUACAAGAACGCAAAGCUGUUCUCCUUUCUGAUAAUGGUGUCCGUGCGACUCAAGAAGUGAUAUCAGAACAUGAAGAAAGAGUGAGAAAAUUACUCAGCAAACCAUUUAAAAUACCUGUACCUGGUUAUGAAUUAUCCAGGAGAUAUCUUGGAGUAUACUUCUCAGGACCACGUAUAUCACUUCAUGAUCCCAAUGAAGCCAAUGCGUUGAUUGUCUACUCACCACCAGAGAUAUCUGAACACGACAAAUUAAAGUUAGACCCAUGCAAGCAACUUGUACAUGUAGUUGUUGAUCCCCAAUUGUGCAAUGUGUUAAGGCCACAUCAACGUGAAGGUGUGAAAUUUAUGUAUGAAUGUGUAACAGGUAAACGCAUAGAUAAUGCAUAUGGUUGCAUCAUGGCAGAUGAAAUGGGUCUCGGCAAAACACUGCAAUGUAUAACUCUGUUGUGGACAUUAUUGAAACAAGGGCCGGAAGCGAAGCCACUGAUAGACAAAGCGAUAAUCGUCGCGCCUAGUUCCUUGGUAAAGAACUGGUACAAUGAGAUCUACAAGUGGCUGAACAACCGAGUGAGCGCUCUCGCUAUCGACGGCGGCAACAAAAAAGACAUUGACAAGAAGCUCAUCAGCUUUAUGAAAGCUUACAGCGGCAGAUGCGUGUAUCCCAUCCUUAUCAUCAGCUAUGAGACUUUCCGUUUACAUGCGCACGUUUUACAUCAGAACGAAGUAGGUCUCGUAUUGUGCGACGAGGGUCAUCGUUUGAAGAAUUCCGAGAAUCAAACUUAUCAGUCGUUAAUGGGUCUGAAAGCCAAGAGGAGAGUGCUGCUCAGCGGAACGCCUAUACAAAAUGACCUGCUCGAGUAUUUCUCUCUCGUACACUUUGUCAAUCAAGGAUUAUUAGGGACUGCGCAAGAAUUCCGGAGGAAGUUCGAGACUCCUAUAUUACGCGGUCAAGAUGCAGCCGCGACGGACAAUGAACGAAAGCUCGCCGAGGAGCGUUUGUCCGAGCUAGUGUCGGUCGUUAACAAAUGUCUCAUCAGACGUACCAGUGCCUUACUUUCGAAAUACUUACCGCUGAAGCACGAGCUUGUCGUAUGCAUCAAAAUGGGAGAGCUACAAACCCGUCUCUAUAAGAGCUUCAUUCACAGUGAUAGUAUAAAGAAGUCUAUGGAAGAUAGCGAUAAUUCGAAAAAAGGAGGAAGCCUGUCCGCACUCGCUGCUAUAACUCUCUUGAAGAAGCUGUGCAAUCAUCCUGACUUGAUAUACGACAAAAUUAAGGAGAGGUCGGACGGAUUUGAGAACGCCGCAAAAUUAUUACCAGCUAAUUACUCGACAAAAGAUGUUUUACCCGAAUUGUCGGGGAAAUUGAUGGUUCUUGAUUGCCUGCUGGCAUCUGUGAAAACCACGACGAACGACAAAAUAGUACUGGUAUCCAACUACACGCAAACACUGGAUCUGUUCGAAAAACUCUGCCACAAACGUGGCUACAAUUACGUGAGACUGGACGGCACAAUGACGAUCAAGAAAAGAGCGAAGGUGGUCGACAAUUUUAACAGCGAGAGUAGCAGCGACUUUAUUUUCAUGCUCAGCUCAAAAGCCGGCGGAUGCGGCUUGAAUCUUAUCGGCGCGAACCGUCUCGUCAUGUUCGAUCCGGAUUGGAAUCCAGCAAACGACGACCAAGCGAUGGCCCGAGUUUGGCGGGACGGUCAGAAGAAACCGUGCUUCGUGUAUCGCUUCCUUUCCACUGGAACGAUAGAAGAGAAGAUAUUUCAGAGGCAAGCCCACAAGAAAGCCUUGAGCUCGACGGUGGUGGAUCAAGAGGACGAUGUGGCGAGGCAUUUUACCAUAACGGAUCUCCGCGAUUUAUUCAAGUUGGAAGAGAACACAGUGUCGGACACGCACGUCAAGUUCAAGUGCAGACGUUGUGUCAACGGCAUCGAGACGAAAGGUCCGCCGGAGCAAUCCGACUGCAAUUCUGACCUAUCAGAAUGGCGACACACACAGAAUCCACGACACCUGCCUGAUAUACCGCUGAAACACUGCUGGUCCAGCGGUAUCUCCUUCGUUUUUCAUCAUCGUUCGCACGAGCAAGUAAAGUAAUUGUGAUUCAACUGACAAUCUCUCUGAUCUUGAGUUUCAAUGCUGUUUAAAGUUUAUGUUUAAACUUGUUUCUUGUUUUUCAUGUUUAAAUUAUUUUUUGUCAGUCAUUUAUGUGAAAAAAAAUAGAGCAAGUAUAUAUAAGAGAUAUAAGAAUAUAUUUUUUAUUUUAGAUAAUUGCGCGUCACAUGUACAUACGCAUAAAUAUAGGUUCAUUUAAUAAAAUAUUUAUAAGAUA